AUGCCGCCCGGCGGCGGCAACAACGAUAGUCCGGCUCUCGGGGGAAGGAGCUUCCCUGCGUUGGGUUUGAUUCCUCAACGAUCAGAAGGACGCUAUUUUCUUCUUGCGCGGUCGGACGAAGGUGGAACGCUGGAAGGAGUUUCACCGUUUUUGAUCGAUAAGGCGAUCAAAAACUGCUGUGGGGACGUGGCCAGCGUGAAACGUAUCCGAGAAGGAAAAAUCCUGAUCCAGACACGCACUGAAAAGCAAGCGAAUCAACUAAAAAAACUAACCUCACUUAUUGAGGGCCUGAAUGUGAAUGUAACCGAUCACGCCACGAUAAACACAUGCAAAGUAGUCAUCACGUGUCACGAUCUGAAAGACAUUGAUGAGAAAGAAAUCCUACGAGAACUCAGUGGACAAAACGUGACUCAUGUGCAGCAAAUGAAAAAGAAAGUGAACGGACAACUUGUCAAAACUCCUUCAUUCAUUCUGACAAUCUCAUCAACCAUGCGACCGGAGCGAGUUAAAGUUGGAUUCCUUAGUGUAUCGGCGCGUCCAUAUUACCCAAGGCCCGUGCGUUGUUUCCAGUGUUGGAAAAUCGGUCAUCUGGCCCGCGACUGUCAAGGUAAAAAAACAAGUGUAAACUGCGGAGAGGAAUACCACGACGAACAGUGUUCAAAGCCAUCGAAAUGUGUUAAUUGCAACGAAAACCAUCCAGCUAACAACCCGAAAUGCGAGACCUUGACCAUGGAAAUGAAUAUCAUCCGCACGAAGAUUGAUCAGAAUAUCAGUUUCACAGAGGCUAGAAAAAUCGUUGAAUCACAGAAGCAAUCAAAAAGAACGUACGCUAACAAGCUGGCUGGAGCAGAAAAAACCUGUACAUGCAAGUGCACCUGCGGUCAAAUUGCUACAGUAGCAGAAUCACGUAACAUCCCAGAAGUUUCGGUAUCAGCUAUGGUCAACAGCAGCCAAAUAUCAACCAAAUUGUACGAAAUCAGCCCUCCUAAUUCCCCGAGAACCAAAAGAACAAAGCAAGAGGAAGAAAUCAGCGGUGAUGAAACUCCAAUCACCCAGAACAACGUGAGAGAAGCUUCAGCUAAUGAGAAACCCGUUCCAGAAACCACUAAGAAGACUAGAGGACGACAGCGGAAGAAACCAAUGCCAGAGACAAGGAAUAGAACUGACGUCGAAGAAGGACCGAGUGAGAUGGAAUUAUAG